CAUACUACUGGAGCUGGAUCUAGAUCUACUAAACCAAUGGAUGGUGAACUAAUUGAAACUGAUACGGAGUCAGGUAACACUAAUCAUAUGACUCAUGGGAAGGUGAUUGCUAACAAGCCAAUUGCCACGCAGCUAGAUGCAGCAAUUCACGCGCUAGACCCUAAGAAGAGAUAUGCAAGUCAUUAA